GGGGCGGUGGAUCACUGCCAUUCGCGACUGAGUGAAGCGGUCGGGGCCGGCCGGCAGUGCCGGUUCUGUGGUGUGGGCGGGUGUGUGUGCCUGUGUGGUCUGAGGGAGAGUGCAGAGUGGUGACCCGGACCGAGGUCCACCCUCGUGCCGAGAGGUCACAUGGGUUAGGAGAGAGGUGGAGAGUGAGGAAGAGCGGACGGAGGAGCUGCUGGUCGGGACUCAUCCGGUGAUCAGCAUGGGACUGUCGCAGAAGGAGCUGCUAGCAGCCGUGGAGCGAUCCCAGAACAAGGCCAUCAAAAAGGGCUCGGACCCAGGAGCCGCCACGUGCCGGGGCAAGCUGCAGUACCGCCGCUCUCGGCUGAAUGUCGACAUCAACAAACACCUGCUGCUGCGACAGGGCGCCGAGAACCUCCUCAGAGCGGCUGAGAACAAGAAGGUUCGCCAGGCGGUAUCGCUGGAGCUCAGCUUCCUCAACUCAAACCUGCAGUUUCUCAAGGAGGAGCUAUCCGACCUCAACAGCUCCGUGGAUGUGUAUCAAAAUGACGACAGCAAACUGCAGCACAUACCAAUGAUCCCGUUUGGACUUAAAGAGACCAAUCCCAUCGACUUUACGGAUGCUUUCAAGGAAUUCAUAGCCGAGCACUACCAUGAAGACCCCGAGCCGUAUAUUGGCGUCAUCAAGGAUUUCAUCGACACCAGGCAGGCAAUGAGGACGCCCCAGCGGAGCAGUACGGGACUGGCGCUGCUGUUUGAGUACUACAACCAGCUCUACUUCAUCGAACGGAGGCUCUUCCCUCCCGACAGACAUCUGGGGGUCUAUUUCGAAUGGUACGAUUCUCUGACGGGCCUGCCCAGCUGCCAGCGGACGAUGGCCUUUGAGAAGGCGUCUGUUCUGUUCAACAUCGCCGCAUUACACAGCCAGCUGGGCGCCAAGGAAGCUCGGACCUGUCAGAAGGGUCUGGACACCACUAUCGGGCACUACCUGCGAGCAGCCGGAAUAUACAGGUAUAUUUUGGAGAAUUUCUCGAACGCCCCGAGCCGUGACCUGGACCCGGACGUGCUGGAGGUGCUGACCGGCCUGCUGACCGCCCAGGCAGGCGAGUGUCGCCUGGAGCGACUGCUGUUGGAAGAGGAGAGCGCCGAGCUGGCAGCCCGGCUGGAGAUGGGCAGGGAGGCCGCUCAGGUGUCUGAGAUGUACCGGCGACUGGGGGAGCGGAUGACACCGAUGUCCGAAUCCUCUGAGGAGUCAGUGCCGCCCUCCUGGCAGGACUUGGUCAACAUCAAGGCGGUCCACUACUCGGCACUCGCUCACAACCACUUGGCCCUCGGACUACUGGACCACCGAGGUCCUCUGAGUGAACAGGACGCCGCGACACUCCGGCACUCCCAGCAGGACGGAGGCACCAUUCUGGGGGCGGAACUGACGGCACCGCGCACCGCCGCACAGGCCUUCUAUCUCGGCCGGUGCCACCUCCGCGAGGCGAUCACCCAGCACGAGGAGGCACUGCGGCUCUACCGCAUGUCCCGCGGCCUGAAGAAGCAGGAGAGCCUGCUGCACGUGCUGAGGGUGGCACUGGAGCUGGCAGCUGAGAGACAGGCGGUGACACAGCGAGAGGACGACUUCGAUCUGCCCGUCGAGCCGCCGGCCAUCUCUGGCGGCUCGGCGCGGCCGCUCGCCCCCCGUCCGCCCGAAUUCGGCCGGUACCCGGUGGCCGACCCGCUCCACCGGCUCGGCCCUCUGGAGACGUUCUCUGCGCACCACCGCUGGUCGCCGCCCCGAGAGGUCACUGUGAGCCGGCGGCCCGGCGAGCCGCUCGGGUUCAGUCUGAAGAGGGAGGCGCCUGUCGUGGUGGUGGAUGUGGAACAGGAUGGAGCGGCACAGAGAGCUGGUCUGAAGGACGGCGACUAUAUUGUGGCCAUGGGGGAGCAGGACCUCAAGUGGAGCGGUCACAGUGACGUUGUGGACCUGCUGAGAAAGGCCGGCACAGAGUUCAGCGUCACCGCGGUCACGCCGCAGCACCGGGCGGCACAGCAGCCGAAGAGUCCGCCGGCUACUCCAGACGGCUCGUGGGACUCUGUAUCCAGUUCAGGAGUCAGCUCAGCCGCGCCCAGCCGAAAACAGAGCCCGGCAGGCAGCGUGGCCAGCACCGCCAGCAAGACGGCCGCCUCCCGGCGACUCUCCUGGAACCCCUUCCGGAGAGCUACACGAUCCGACUCCGGGUCGGGAAAGACGCGUUCGGCAGCCGCGUGACUGGCGCCACGGAGGGUCCGUGACGGGCGUGACGGAGGGCUCGUGACUGGCGUGACGGAGAGCCACGUAGAGAUGUUGUUUUGUGGUGUGAUGAAUGAAAUAUGUAGUCUUCCGAGUGCAGGAAAGAGCGGACUCGAGACGGGUUGUGCCCAACGGUUGUGUUGGGACUACGGACCCCGGUCAGUGUGAUAUUUACCCUAUAGAUGGCUGCCGAUAUACCUAACCCACCUAGCUGGCUGGCUGAAUACCCAGUAGGUUGGGGCAUGACAGUCAGUUAUAUUUAGAGUCAGGUCGUUGUGCUUGCCUGUUUGUCGCUAUCUACCCAGCCUUAGACCUAUUUUUAGGCCCUGCGAAGCAUGCCAUGCAAUGCGAGAAAGCAUUUAAUGAUGUUGGUGUUAAAUAAACUUAUGCCUAUGGAAA